AUGCGUAAUACGGCGAAUCCAUACGAAUUCCAGGAAAUACCACGUACACUGCUACUUCAGAUUCGUCAUGACGCUCAAGUUCUUGGCUCGGCUUUACUUCAUUUUGGAAUUGAACCUGGAGAAAAUACACGAGUUGGAAUAGCCGGAAUUCAUUCUGUUAGCGAUAUCAUCAAUAAGUGUGAACUGAAGGUGAUUUUUUGUGACAAUGAAGCUCGUGCAGCCACUUUCAUCCAAAAAAUAAAUGAAGGUGUUGUGCACGGCCCAAAGAAACUGGUGAUACUGAACUCGUCAAGCCGACAACCGCACGGUGCACAUGAGUCGAUCGAAGGAUUAGAGGUGUACUCAUAUGAGCAUAUGAUGGCUCUUGGCGAAGAAAAUUUGAAGCCGCCCGUACCGCCUUCGCCGAGUUCGACCUAUAUAAUAUGUUUUACCAGCGGCACUACAGGCCAACCGAAAGGCGUUCAGCUCUCCCACCGUUCGUUGCUAGUCGCGAUGAGUGGUCUCUAUAUACAAUGGGUGCUGCCACCGAAUCGUUUCUGCUUUUCACGAAACGACGUCUAUUUCAGUUUUCUGUCGCUAGCACAUAUCUAUGAACAUCUUAUGGAGGCGUUUACGAUCUAUGUCGGUGGUCGGAUUGGGAUAUAUAGCGGUGAUGUAUCGCGACUGCUCACAGAUAUUAAGGUAAAGAUUGAAAUGCUGCAUAACGGUGUUCAAAGGCACGACACAGUUUGGGACAAACUCGUGUUCAAAAGAAUCCAUAAACAAUUCGGUGGUCGUCUGCGCCUGCUGACCACUGGCGGUGCUCCAGUCACUCCCACAGUGAUGGAUUUCACACGAAUCGCUUAUGGGUGUCCGUUAAUGGAAGGAUAUGGCCAAACUGAAUGCGGUGCGGCUGGCACACUGAAUCUUCCCUUCGACUGUUCUUCCGGUCACGUUGGCGGCCCUGCACCAUGGGCACAGGUCAAGCUCGUCGACGUACCAGAACUAUCUUAUUUCGCCGCAGAGAACAAAGGAGAAGUUUGUUUCCGUGGAGCCGCAGUAAUGCGCGGGUACUUUAUGGACGACGAGUUGUCACGAAAAACCGUCGAUAAAGAGGGGUGGCUCCACACUGGUGACAUUGGUGAAUGGCAGAUUAACGGAGCGUUGAAGAUCAUCGAGCGGAAGAACGCUUUUAUCAAACUUGCGCAGGGCGACUUCGUGUCCCCGGAGCAGAUCGAGUCCGUCUACCUUUGUUCACCUCUGAUCGAGCAGAUCUUCGUAUCCGGACUGGCAAUCCGCUCUUUUUUGGUUGGUAUUGCUGUCACGAAUGUAGCGGUAUUGCGGAGAACGAUGAGUGUUCGACAUGAAGACGUUGGAUUUCCGAUCGAGAAAAAGCUUACUUCAGGAGUUGACGGCCGAAAGCGGCUUGGUUACGCCAACACUAAAGCUUCGUCGUCACGUUUUGAAGCAACGAUUCCAGAAGGAGAUUGA